CUGGCGUUUUUAGCCCAGAAUGCCAUCUCUGCGUCUCAUUUAUCAGCCCCAAGAAUACAGACAAACCCGUCUUUUAAGACGUACAAAAAUCGUUUUACAUCUCUUAACAACCUUUUCCGAUGGGGCAAGGCGGAGAAGCCACUUACCACCUCACAGGAACCUUCACUUUCCACGACCCCAUCGACCGACGUGUCUCGCCUGCGCGAAAUCGAAUGCCAAAUUACCGAUCUCUCGGGUGCCCUUAGACUGCGUGUAAACCAGAACAUCAAGGGUCGAAAGUACAUCUCCUCCUCCUCCUCCAGCUCCUCUACCGUUUACAAAAUCAAGCUGAGUAUCGCAGACAAAUCCGCAUCGAUAAUAAGCCUAUCCAGCUACCAAAGCCCCUCUGACUGGCAGCUAGCGGCCUCCGGAAAACCAGUCAAGUGUUCAACAUCGAAUGGCGCAGCACACGAAUUGGUUCUUACUUGCCAACUUGUUCGCUCAAAGUCUACUGCUUACUCCUUAAAUGACCCAGAAACGUUGCUCUACGCAGAUUCUUAUUUGGAAACAUGGAAGUUCUCUUCUACGGAGCAUGUUUUCUCAAUCGAACCCUGUGCUAGCCUCAUAACCGAAGUGAGUAAAAGUGAAGUUCUCACUGGAAAGUCUAUUAGGAAGGCAGUGGAUUUGAGGUCUCUAUUAACAACGGAGUCUCAGCCAAUAACGGUGGAGCUCACCCUCAUGUCAACACCAUACAUCGAAAUUGAAGUCAAAUGGCUGCCUCUCACAAGCAUUGACACAGAGUUUUUGGAGAAAUAUCCACCAUCGCGAUCGGGGUUUCUGGAAUACUCCUUUGCAGGAAGUGUUGACGAAACUUCCCAGAGUUCAAGCCACGGUUUAAUUCUAGUGGACAAGCGAAGAAGUCGGAUUCUUAGCCCCGGCGAUGCUGGCUUCGACUCCGUGCGCUUGGGCCCCACGCCCACCGUCUCGACGUCGUCUGCGGGCUCUGCUGCAGCAAUGUGCGCCAAUAAGUCUCCUCCAGAGCCAGGCGAUGCUCGUUCAACGACUUUACAAUGUACCACUGGAUCUGACAGUUCCAUUUUUCAACAACAAAGCGUAGGAUAUACUCUUUACAAUAACGGGGAUGGAAAUGAUGAAUUAAUUAUUUCGAGGAACAAUGACGGCGACAACCUCAGCCAAGACGUGGAUGGAUUGGGAGCUCUGCUGGAAUCUGUUCGCAAUGACCUCGAGACCCUCAAUCGAGAAACGAAUCGAUUCAGCACCGUAUUACGCGAUCUGUCUACAGUUUUGAAUGGCCUGCAUGAACAGCUUUCGUCGUCCUCAAAAUUUAUGUCAAUUCCACAAAAGUCAAAAUUACCUUCAGGAUCUCUUGACAGAGAAGUGGCAAGAAGCCUUUCACUAUUGGACUGCGCGAUUGGUGAUGGUGAUUCCCCCGAACGACUCACACCUGCCAUUGAGGCGUGGGCACCUCCUUUGACGUCCGGUUGGGACCAGUUGGAUUCCGCAAUUGAGUGGCACCUCAAGAAUGUCUCCUUUCUUCUUCAACGUCUCGCCUCCUCAGAUAGAGCUUUCAUCCCUAUGGAUAUGGAAGAUAGUGCCAACAAAAAUCUUUUGUAUAUACGUGAGGACCUUCUGGCAAUGGCCCUUCAUGCCCAGUCUGAAAUCCUCUCAGAUAUCACAGGCCUUGCACUCAGUUACGCGGAGACCAGAGAACCCUACAGAGUCUGUAUCCACUCCCAUUGCCUUGCGUUUUGCGGCUGGGGCACUAGAGCCCAUCUGAACGCUGGUGCUGGACCUCCCAUCUUUCCAACGUCGUUUUGGUCCCAACUUAUUUGGCAAACAGAUUCCUCUUUACGCAGCCAGGACGGUGAGAAUUAUCAACCAACUCUUAUGAUUGGGCGCAGUUCCUUUCAUGAGUACUUGCUGCAGGAGUACGCUGGCAUUCAACCUGAGGAAAAGGAUGACCAGUCACUUGAUGAUGGAUGUUGCAUUCCUCUUUUUGCAGCAAUUGAGGUGCUCAUUGAACAACUCACUGACCUUGACCUGACCGAUGUCAGUCCAUGGAAUGAAAUACCCCUGACGCAACUUUGUCACCGACUAAAAGUACAGAAUUUCCAAAUCGCUGCUAGGCUUGAUUCGCAAAUUCUUAGACCGGGCUCUUUCAACGGUCGAAUUGCAAGCACGAUGUCUCGUAUUGAUUCUGGUGUGGAAGCAUCCCUCGGCGUAGCGCUAAAGUAUCUUAUUGAGCAAGGCCGUUUACAGCAUGAACUGCGAGAAUCUGACGAAGAGGUCCUUUUCCGUAGCCUUGAGGCCCUAGUGGACAACUUAGUCUCUGGGAACGCGGCUACCCGACGAAUGGAGAGCAUGACAAUUUCUGUCACAAAUUUCAUCUGUCUUGCUCUCACGCUGCAACACGAAGAUGCAUCCGUGGCAACCUUCGCAAGCAGGGCCAUAUGCGCACUCGAAGACAUGACCCGAGGAGCCUAUGGCAUUAUUUUACAAAAUAAUGCUCUCCCUUUCCUGCGCACGGCCGGUCCCUGCUGCAGUUUCCUCAAAAGCCUUGAGCUAUUUUCCAAAAAAUUCCAGAAGGGCAGUUCAAAAAUGUACGAGAAGUACUAUCGCCGAAGCCACAUCACCAGUGACGGUUAUGGUUGCAUGACCCCUGUCGGAUCAGCAAUCCUGUGGGGCAUGGACCCAAAUAACAUGGAAGAGUACCGGAUUGCGGCGCUGGCUGCCUGGGAGUGCCUGUGUACUCCCGAGGAGGCCAGCAUAGGUCGGCACUAUCGCCAGCGGCAGCAGCAGCUGCAGCAGCAAAGAGUGGACGUCCACACGCCCAUCCAUGUGGAGGUGAGGCGGAUGAACUUGGAGGACGGCAGCGCGGAGGUGAGGCGUCUGGCGCUGCGCAUUUUGAUGGCUCGCAAGAAAUUUCGGAGCACCGCCACCAUGCUCGAUUCAGCGCAUUAG